GGGUCAAAACUCAUCAGCCCACCAAAACUAUACACUCCUUUUUUUGGUCUGAAACAUCAAAACUAUACACACAGAGAUUUGAUUCAAUCACAUAUAUGCUUCAUUGAGCCAAAACUCUAAUAGAGCAAUCGAAGAAAUAAAUAUGGCGCUCUCGCGGCUUCGAUACCCUGUGAUCUCACGCGCGCCGUCUCUCUUCCGAGCUCGGCUUCUCUCCUCCUCCACCAGAUCACUCACUCGAGGUUCCGGUGUGCAGAAUUCGAUUGUGGGAGGUGAUACAACUCUUUUAAGGCCUGCAUCUUUGUCCAUGCUCACCGGAGUCCAGUACAAAUUUUCAUAUCUCAAGACUUGGAGGGGUGUUAAGCAUUACUCAACUGCAGAUCCUUUGUAUGCUGUCCUUGAUAUGCCUGCUUUGUCUCCUACUAUGAGUCAAGGAAACAUUGCAAAAUGGAGGAAGAAAGAGGGAGAUAAGAUUGCAGUGGGUGAUGUGCUGUGUGAAAUUGAAACUGACAAAGCGACUCUUGAAUUUGAAAGUCUUGAGGAAGGGUUUCUAGCCAAGAUACUGGUACCUGAAGGCUCAAAGGAUGUGCCUGUGGGACAACCUAUUGCAGUAACGGUCGAGGAUCAAGAUGAAAUCCAAAACAUCCCUGCUAAUAUUGGGGGUGGAUCUGAGGUGAAAGAGGACAUACCACAAAAUCAGAAAGAUGGAGCACAAGAUACAAGUUCUGUGGGGAUAAACACAGCAGACCUUCCUCCUCACAUUGUUGUUGAAAUGCCAGCGUUGUCUCCAACAAUGAGCCAAGGUAACAUUGCUGUGUGGAGAAAGAAAGAAGGAGAUAAGAUAGAAGUUGGUGAUGUGUUGUGUGAGAUAGAGACGGACAAAGCAACCCUUGAAUUUGAAUGCCUUGAAGAGGGAUAUUUGGCUAAAAUACUAGCACCUGAAGGCUCAAAAGAUGUGGCUGUUGGCCAACCAAUUGCAGUAACAGUUGAGGAUGCAGCUGAUUUGGAAACUGUAAAGAGUAGUGUCAGUGUUGGUUCAAGUGUCAAAGAAGAAAAACCCAUCCAUCAGGAUACUAAACAUGAAAGUGGAGCUGUAAAAACAACCAGCGUCUUAAGGAUCAGUCCAGCAGCUAAGAUGCUAAUUCUAGAACAUGGAUUGGAUAAAUCGUCAUUGAGGGCAUCAGGUGCUCACGGGACACUACUGAAAGGUGAUGUUUUAGCUGCAAUAAAGUCAGGAAUUGGAUCUUCAAAAGUUUCAUCUAAAGAGAAAGCACCUUCAUCUCCUCAAGCACAUACAAAGAUAGCUUCAGCAUCAGCAGAUUCAAGGUCCUUAAAGCAGAUAGAUUUUGAAGAGUUUCCCAACAGUCAAAUUCGCAAGGUGAUAGCUACUAGGUUGCUGGAAUCAAAACAAAACAUACCACAUUUGUACUUAUCCGCAGAUGUUAUACUGGAUCCACUUCUUUCUCUUAGAAAGGAUCUUAAAGAGCAGCAUAAUGUUAAAGUUUCAGUGAAUGACAUUGUCAUUAGAGCUGUAGCUAUUGCACUGAGAAAUGUACCGGAAGCAAAUGCUUACUGGGAUGCUGAAAAAGGAGAAGCCAUUCUUUGUGAUUCUGUUGAUAUAUCAAUUGCUGUCGCUACCGACAAGGGUCUGAUGACUCCGAUUGUGAAAAAUGCGGAUCAGAAAACAAUAUCUGCAAUCUCCUCAGAGGUCAAGGAGCUAGCUGAGAAGGCACGGGCAGGAAAGCUUAAGCCAAUUGAAUUCCAAGGAGGGACUUUCAGCAUUUCAAAUUUGGGGAUGUUUCCGGUGGAUCACUUCUGUGCAAUUAUAAAUCCACCUCAGGCCAGUAUCCUUGCUGUAGGCAGAGGCAACAAAGUUGUUCAACCAGUAAUUGGGAGUGAUGGAAUUGAAAGGCCAGCAGUUGUCACAAAAAUGAACUUGACAUUAUCAGCAGAUCAUCGUGUUUUUGAUGGCAAAGUUGGAGGUUCAUUCCUCUCAGCUUUACAAUCAAACUUCAGUGACAUCCGAAGACUUCUUUUGUAAAUGACAAAGUGAGAUAAAGCCUUAAUCUAAGCCACGGGAUUCCCCAGAAACAGCCAUGAUGGCGAUUCUCUUACGAAAAUCACAAUAUUUUGUUCCCAGGAUAUCCAUUCCCUGCACAUUCGCAUUUGUUGUGCCAUCUUGGUUUGUAGAACUCUUGCUGUCACUUCAAAUUCAAUUUUCUAUUUUGUGGCAGCAAAAUAGUUGAGGUACCAAUUGGUGCAAGAUUUUGGUUUACUUACCAUCUGAUUCCAAAAUAUUUCUUCCCUUUAAUAAAGGGAAUAAUGUACAAACUCGGCACGAAAAAGAUAGCAUUUUUCAUC